UUUGUCAGUACUUGGUAGGACGAUACACUGCUCUGUACCCACUCAAUCGUUCCAUUUAUGGAAAUAUUCAGAAAAUGUUAACCACACAGAGCUCAAUUUGUGUAACAUAAUGUUCCUCUGUUUUCACUUGUAAACACACACACACACACACGCACACACACACACACACACACACACACAUACAGAGACACAGACCUAACAGUCAUUGUCCUCUGAUGUCGUCUCUUGUUGCAGAGCAGAGACAAAAAUAGAAAGCUCUUCUCUCAUGGCCAUAAAUUGAGCAUGUGUUGUGCUCUGUGACAGAUAUAAACCUAAUCCCUUUGUUUUUGUCUUUUAUCUUAGGUGUUGAUGUCUUACGAUGAUGAUGGACUGGGACAGUAUAGUGUUUUGAAUAUGAGUUCUCUCCCUGCAUACAUGUUUAUCUUCCUUUGCUUGCCUCUGACGAGGAAACUGGAAUGUACACCAAUCACAUGAAGGACACAAACAACAACUAUAACAAGUCUCUUCUCAAUGACCAGAAGGAGAAGCUCAUUCAGGCGAUUAAGAAGAUUAAACAUGAAGUUGAUGAAUGCCAUGAAGCAGAGAAAGACACUUUUGCAGAUGCAAUCGAUGUGGAGAAUCAGUUUGAGGACAUGGAGCGGGAAAUCCGAGCAGAGUUCCAGAAUCUUCAUAACUUCCUGGAUGAGGAGGAGGAGAGAGACCUGGAACGGCUGAGGAAGGAGAGGGACAGACGAGUGAAAAUGCUGAAGGAGAGAGAGAGGAAGAUUGCCAUGCAGGGCCGAGACCUGGAAAGGGCCAUCGAGACUCUGAACAGCAAACUAGCAGAAGACGACAGUCCCAAACUACUAAAGGAAAUCAAAGAUCUCCUAAAGAGGUGUGAGGUGAAUUUUGUCCGCCCGUCUCCAGUGGACAGUGAGAUUUGCUCAGGACAGUUUGUGGGUCCUAUUCAGUACAGGAUCUGGAAACACAUGAGGGCUUCUCUCUACCCAAACAUAUCACUGUUGACCUUCGACCCUGAGACCGCUCACCCGCUGCUGACCCUGUCUGCUAACAACACAACAGUGCAUUUUGAGGAGGACAAGGAACCAGUUGCAGAUGAGAACAAGAAACGUUUCCACUAUUACUACUGUGUGAUGGGCCGAGAGGGCUUCAUGCAUGGUCGCCAUUACUGGGAGGUGGAGGUGCGAGGCAAGACGGCGUGGCGCCUGGGUGUGGCCAGGGAGGACGUGUGCCGUGGCGAGAUGGACUCAUCCACCACAGCAAAUGGGCUGUGGACACUGGCUCUGAAGAACAGCUCAAUCGUAGCCUGCACUGACCCCAAGCCCACGGUCAUACGUACUGCCACUCUGCCCACUCGCAUUGGCGUCUUCCUAGACUGCGACAGGGAGGAGGUGUCCUUCUACGACGCUCUUACCAUGACGGCGCUCUUCUCGUUCUCCAUGGAUUCCAUUCUAAUGCCCAUUUACCCAUUCUACAACCCUUGCGACACAGACGACGGGAGAAACAUCGCUCCUAUCUCCAUCUUCUAUCCCUCGCUCUGACAGAACAAUUGAGCAGAUGGACUUGCAGCUCUUUCUAAGUUAAAGAAUUCUAACUUAGAAUUGGAUUUCUCAGAAAGUGUAUGUGGCAAAAAACUCAAAAAUAGCUGUUGUUAUGUUGGAUAAUUUUUUUUUCUUUUCAUUUGUUGAAUAGUGUGUGUAUGAAAUGUUUGCUGUCUUUCAAGCAUUUUCAUGCAGAAUAAAAAUGGAACUGUGUAUAUAAAUGUCCUAAAUAAUCUAUCUCUGGAUUGUAGGUCAGUGGAAACAGAAUGAAAGAGAAAAGUAGUGAGGAAGAACAGUAUAGGGAGGGAGAGAAGACGUAAAUGGUAAAUGGAUGGUGAAUCAGUGUCUGGGUUUCAUAUUGUUCACAUUAUGCUGUCUAUAAUUAUCACAGUCACGUGCUGAACUCGGCACAUGUAGUUACAGCGAGAAACAACUAUGUGAACAAUGCACAGGGGUGAAGUGGGGGGACAUUGUGUGUGUGUGCAUGUGUAUGCUGUCUUGUAGAGUAUGAUUGACAGGGUUUCCGAGGACUUUUGUUUGAGGAGUUUGGAUCGGCACUAUUUUACAGAAACAAAGCAAAAAAAACUGCAAGAACAACUCUGAAACGGUUUUUUUUUAAGACCUUGCUUUUUAUUAUAACAUAACAAAUGUCAUGUUCCUUCACAAAAUGUGUGCAUUUGUGUCUGUGCAAAACAGAACUCCAGAGAUGGACAAACUGUAAAUAGGUCAUCGAAGAGAGGCUGGGCUGUGUGAUGGACACAAAAUGGAGGCAGUCGGAACUGCACGUUGUCCUGCAGGACGCAGCCUAUCAUUCAGUUUACACAGCACACACACUCCAUAGGUUGCCUUAGAAGUAACUGCCCAAUGCUAACAACACACUGGCCUCUGUAGGUCUGAAUGCUCAUUCUUAUGCUUUGUCUUCUAUGCUUUUACCACAUACACACACACACAAUGAGUCAUGGGUACUGACCAUCCCAUACAGCUAGACCACAACAGUGGAGAUUACUUUCUCACCAUGCUUUAAAGCUCUGAGCCUCCUUUCUGGAGUACAGGGCAUCACUUCCUAAGUCUACAGAGAUCAUGGGGAUUGAAGAGAAAUAAGCUUUUUGAGUGCACUUUUGCUUUAAUAACUCUUAGACAUCUGAUAUUUGUACAGAGCUAUAUCCUGAUUGGGGAAGUAAAAAAGUGUAUAAAAUGGGGAGAAUCAUUGUCCGUGUAUGCUGCAUUCAUUUCUUUUUCAUUUCAAAAUGACUAAAUAUAAAUUGCACACAAGAUGUUCAAAACAGUUUUUGGCUUUUACACAAUAAAUAUUACAAGAAGCUCUCAGUAUUA